AUGCAGCAUCAGUCCCCGGCACAAGCUGCUCAACGUACCACAUUCACACCCAGGUCUGGCUCAACUACAUUAGCACUAUCACCCACAGGUCACAGUCGCAACGAAGGAUGUCCAGAGCCCACCCCAGUAGGUAGGACGAUAAUGUCCACAGCUGCUCAAAAGGACAGGCCUGAUAGUAUACCUACUCAGCUGGAGACUGGUAAGGAAUUGUGGGUUACGGUGGCUCGUAGGGCUGAUGUAGCCGUCGUCCUCUCCGUGGUACCCCAGCAACUGAGAGCCAAGAGUAUGCCAGCGACAAAAAACGAUGCGGAUGCGGUUCUGGAAAGUUACAACAUCCAACACACACAUGUGGAACUACCUGGCAGUCGUGGCACAGUGGGAACCACCAGCUCACAAGUGAAAGAACCUGAACGUCCACUAGUCGAAAGCUAA